ACCCGCAACAACCCUAGCCCCUCCAUCGCCCAUUCCUCUUCGGCUGUUGCUCCGUCAACGCCGCCGGCGCCUCUUCGAAUCUCCCUCGCCUGCGCUGCCGGCUCAUUUUCUGUUCUCUUACCUUCUGCGCCGCUCCUCUUCUGUUUCCCCUCCUCUGCUGCUCUGCCACCGGUCUGCUCCGCCUCCGCAUCUGAGCUACUCUUCCGUCGGUUUUCUCUUCUCUGCUUUCUGGUGCUUUUUACUGCUGCUGAUUUUAAAUUUGGAGACACAGAUUUGAUCCUUCAAAGAAUUAUAGCGGUAUAGUGGCCAAAGAUUGGUACCGCUGCUAAAAGCGUCUUCGCAGGUAUCGACAGACGCCUUCGUUCACUCGCAGAUCGCAGUUAAGUUUCUGAAGCUUCAUUGUAUGCUGUGAUUAUUCAAAUGGUUUCUUUUGGAAGUUGUAGUAUUUAUAGAAGAACAGAGAAUCGUUUUCUUAUGUGUUCAAUUCUCAAAUUUCAUAGCAUAUACGGUUCCUUUAAAUUCUUUCAUUCUAAACUUAACCGGGGUUCCAGUGCUUCAGAUAAAACCCCCAAACUGGAACCAAAUAGGAAUAAUCACAAUAGGGUAGGGAUUUUCUGGGACUUAGAUAACAAGCCACCAAACCCAAUUCCACCUUAUGAAGUUGCCAAUAAGCUUAGAAUUGUUGCAUCUUCAUUUGGGGUUGUUAGGCAUAUGGUAGCUUAUGCAAAUAGCCACACUUUCAGCAGUGUCCCACACGCUGUCCGGCAGAGGAGGAAAGAGAAGGAGCUGUAUAAUCGACUGGAGAGCAAGGGCGUCAUCAAGCGGAAUGAGCCUCAUGUUUGCAGGGUUUGUGGGAGAAAGUUCUACACUAAUGAGAAGCUUGUUAACCAUUUCAAGCAGCUACAUGAGAGCGAGCAAACAAAAAGGGUAAACCAAAUAGCGUCUGCAAGGGGGAGCCGGAGGGUGAAGUUGGUGGCGAAGUAUUCGAUGAAGAUGGAGAAAUAUAAGAAGGCUGCAAGGGAUAUUCUUACUCCAAGAGUAGGGUAUGGUUUGGCGGAUGAGCUGAAACGCGCAGGAUUUUGGGUUCAGACCGUGUUGGAUAAGCCAGAGGCUGCGGAUCAUGCAUUGGAAAGUCACAUGGUUGAUAUGAUGGAUCAUAGGAGGGUUGAGUGCAUAGUACUUGUGUCUGAUGAUUAUGAUUUCGCUAAUGUAAUAAGGGAAGCGAAGCUACGAUGUCUGAAGACAGUUGUCGUUGGGGAUACUAGUGAUGGUGUAUUGAAGAGGAUUGCUGAUACGUCCUUUUCUUGGGAGGAAAUCCUAAUGGGGAAAGCUAAAAAGGAGGCUGUAUCAGUUGUCGAGAAUUGGAAGGAUCGUGAUAUUUUGAAAAGGUUAGAGUGGACAUACAAUCCAGAGGUGGAUAAAAAGAAAUACGAUCCGGCUGAUGUGGUUAUUGAAGAAUCAGAAGAUGAGAAUAUUGAAGAUAUUUGUGAUAAUGUUGAUGAUGACUAUAAGGAUGGUGGAGGUGCUUGGUGGGAGUUAGAUUCAGAUGAAAAUGUCACAAAUGAACAGACACCAAAAGUAUAGCUAGAUGAAAUUUUUAAAAUGCGAUUGGUUUGUAUUUUUGUUUUCUAUUUUCUUUCAGUUUUUCUAAUUCUGUGAAAGAGAGAUUGAAAAUAGUAAAAGUAACAAAAUCAUGUUUUCACUAUUUUCAAUUAAAAUUCUGAAAAUAAGAAAUGAAAACAAAAACCAGUCACACCCUUCCGGCCUUACUUGACAUUCUACUUCACCAUCUGAGUUGAGUGGAAAUAACAAGUCCGAAUCAAUCAUUUUUGGGAGUUAGAAUUGUAACUUAGGGAGAGUUAUUGUUGUAAACAAGACUUUGUAAAUAAAAUUAAUAAAUGUUUAUUCUCUUUUA